CCUGUUAAGCCAUUCCGUUUCACUUUCUAUUCGUCUGCAGAAAAAUUUUAUAAUCAGUGCGAAAAAGUUUAUUCCAAUUAAAUUCGCGCUGGCGUCAGGAGACAAAUAAAAAAUUAGGACUUCUUCUACACGUGAAGGUGUAGUCGAAAAGUUUCGCCCUCUAUUCAGUUCCUAACAUAGAAAAGUAUCGAAAAUGUGGCACGAAGCACGCAAACAAGAACGCCGCAUACGCGGCAUGAUUGUGGAUUACCGUAAACGUGCGGAGCGCAGACAGGACUUUUACGAGAAAAUUCAAGCGGACCCAACACAGUUCAUACAAGUUCAUGGCCGGCGUUGUAAAAUUCAUCUUGAUCCAGCCACCGCUGCUGCCGGCGACGGAGCCGCCAUCAUUGUACCUUGGCAAGGUCAACAAGACAAUCUUAUCGAUCGCUUUGAUGUUCGCGCACAUCUGGACUAUAUUCCACCAGUACCAAAAGCAAAUGAAGCAGAAAGUUCUGAACCAUCUGUAGAAGAACGACAGUGCAAUUAUGAACGGUAUCGCAUUUUGGCACAAAAUGAUUUCCUAAACGUAACGGAAGAAAAAUUUCUCCAUCAACUUUACCUAGAGGAGCAAUUUGGAGCAAGUGCCCAACUAGAGGCUAGUGAACGUAGUUCAAGUAAAAAGAAACAAGCAAAGAGUGGUGCUACCAUCGGAUACAUAUAUGAAGAAGGUCAGACAUCAACGGCAGUAGGCAGUCACGCGUUUCAUCCUUCCUCUCAAGAAAAAACAUCCGGUAAAUCAGAAAAAGGUUCCGACUCGGAGUCUGAUUCUGACAUGGAUAUGGAUGUUUCAAUAGACAUUUCCAAAUUGGAUACGUCACAAGCACACGAGUUAAAUGCAUGCGGUCGUAAUUAUGGCAUGGUAAGCAAUGACUUUUAUUCCUACCUAACAAAGGAUGCAGAUGAAGCUGAAGCACUACGCAUUGCACGCGAGGAAGAACAAGAAAAAAUGCUAUUAAGCGGCCGCAAGUCUCGUCGUGAGCGUAGGGCACAAAAAGAGCGACGUAUCGCUUGCCGUCCUUUUAGUCCCCCCAGUUAUGCAGCAAAGGAAGAUGUCGGCAAAAAAGACAAAGAUGAUGAGAGUGAUUCACGUUCACCAUCGCCUGAUCCUAAUGCGGGAAAAAUUACAUACAUCACCUCAUUUGGAGGAGAAGACGAACUACAACCACAUUCGAAAAUUUCUAUUAGCAUUGGUCGAACACCGCAAACCUUAGGGGAAUCAUGCGCUGGUGUAUCAGCAGCAACUGGUGCUUCAAAUCCUCAAGCGACAUACGCACAAAAGGUAAAGGAGAAUUUGGAGAAACUGAAGCAGUUGAAUGAAGGUUCAAAACGUUCAACGGCGGUAGGAAAGACUCAUCGCUCCAGUCGAUCACGCAGCCGUUCGCGAAAACGGUCACACAGCAGAAGUCGCAGUCGGCGAAGGAGUAAAAGACGCAGUCGUGAACGACGACGUCGAGUCUACUCGCGUUCAAGAUCACGUUCACGCACUCGGUCCCGUGUUCGUAGUCAAAGUCGUAGCAGGCGACAUCGUCAUAGAAGGUCACGUUCUAUAGCCUAUGAGCGCUCCAGGCGCAAAAGACGCUCGAGUACUACAUCAAAUUCACGUUCCCGAUCACGAACACGGUCACGUGGUGGACACGGUGCACCACAUAAACGGCGCUAUAGAUCGAGUAGCAGUUCUUCACACUGUUCCAGGCGAAGCAGGUAUCGAUCUGCAUCUAGCGGUAGCCGACAUUCGGAGCGAAAACGUAAACGAAACUCCAAACAGCGAAAGUCACCAUUGGAGUGUGCACAUCCACGUACUCGCACACGGUCUACAUCCCUUACGAAAUCGCGUAUUAUGCCAAUAAGUGAUAGUAGUAUUACCACAUCACAGAAUUUGGCUAAAACUAAAGUACCUAUUCCGACCCCAGUCACAGUCGCAGUGACGCUGAGUUCCGCUGCCACGCCCAUGGUCAGUUAUCCAUUAUCAACGCGCAUAAAUGCGAUAUGCACUGCAGUUGCUGCUGCUGCUAAAGCUCCACCGCCUCCUCCACCACCAGUAUCGGCCACGGCUAGCGUACAAGACACAAGCGAAACUGGUAGCGUAUUCACAAUGAAUUUAUUACCUCAAGUGGUGGAACCACCGCCACCACCGCUUAAACGUUACUAUGGACGCAAACGUGGCGAUGAUUCAUCGGACUCCGAUAGUGAUUCUGCAUCAGAUACGAAUGCGGACGAUAAAGACACCGCGAAACAGCAUACCACCAUCAGCGGCGACGGAAAUGACAGCGAGGAACGCAUGGAUGUGGAUACUACCUCUGAACGUUCCAACCCUUUGCCAUCAUCAUCGACGCCAACUACUGGUAAACAAACAGGCAAAUAUAGCACUACUGCUCCGGCGAAAACCAAUCCAAGUUUUUCUAAUGCUACCGAAACCAAAGUCUCGUCCUUAUCAACGCCACAGGGUAGCAGUCGCUUGAAUUUGCGAGAGCGACUAAAACGGAAAAUGCAAAAUUUGCUGAACAAGCAAUACAAAGCGGAUAAACGUGCUGAAAUCGAGAAAUGGCAACGUGAACGGCAACUGCAACAGGAGCGCGAGGACGAAAUGCGCGAAAUGGCACUAAAGCUAAGACGAAGGCAGCGCGAACUGCGGCAUCGUUACGGUACGCCAUCAAGCGGAAAGGAUUCUGAUAGUGAUACAUCGGAAGCAUUGAAAUCAGCACAACAGCUAACAAAACGGCGCAGCAAAUCGGUGAGCAGUGACAGCGCUUCAGUUCCGGCAACGGAAAAGCAACAGUCGCAAAGUCAUCAGCAAAUCACCAGCCGUGGGAGCGAUGAACAUUCUCAAGAGCAGCAUCAUUCAACCGUAGCACAUUAUCAUCAUAGACCGGUGCAACGUAGUAGUAGUAGAGAGCAUGCGCAUCGUUCGCGCAGUCGCAGCCAGUCCUACUAUCAAUCGCAAAGAUCAGCUGCGCCUAAGCGACGCUCACGUUCACGUUCGCGUAAUCGUCGCAGCGCAUCACGGCGUCGGCGUCGAAGUGUAUCACGCUCGCGCUGGCAGCGUGACACUAGUCGCGAACGUGCAUCACGUCAUCAACGCACUCAGCGCUACGAUGAACGUGAGCGAGAGAGGGAUAGAGACAGAGAUCGGGAUCGCGGUAGACGUUCACGUUCGCGAAAUGAUCCACGUUCACGGGAAAGUGGUCGCGAGCGAGAAAGAAAUAGAGAUCGGGAACGGGAACGCGAGCGUGAUCGUGAUCGUGAACGCGACAAAGAGAGAAAUCGAGAUAGUGAAAGAGAAAGAGAAAAAGAUAGGGACAAGGAACGCCAUCAACGUGAAGCUGCUAGCUACAGACAGGAAACAACUACCGGCAGCGGUAGUAAUGCAAAUAAUAGUAAUAGAAACCGUAUUGUCAUAUCGGCGCCGCCAAAACUGAAGAAACUCGUUGAUUACUAGACCACGAACUGAGAAGAAUGUAAUAUCUUCCAUAGGCGGUAAUUGUUUCGGUUUCUUUUGUUGAGUAUUUUUUUUUUUUUUUUUUAUAUAAAUAAG